GGAGUCAGGACAUCAUUUCAUAGUAAGAGCCAAGAGAGAAACUAGUUUUGUAGAGUGCUUGAUAAGAAUGGGUACAAUGAACAAUGUUAGGUUUUUCAUUUUGUUGGGUCUUUUGAUUGCUGUUGAUGCCCUAAUCUCUUCUGAGGUUUCAGCUGCUAAGGAUUUGGCUGAGAGAACAAGGGAGACAGCUGAGAAUAAUGAACUGCAAGAUGCCAAGUACGGAGGGAAUCAAGGUGGAUAUCCUGGUAACGGAGGGUAUCAGGGCGGUGGUGGGUACCCAGGCAAUGGAGGUGGCGGUGGACGUGGUGGCGGAGGUAGACGAGGUGGUGCGUACAGAUGCCGACAUGGUUGUUGUGACCGUGGUGGGUACUACAGAGGUGAUUGCCGCAAUUGCUGCUAUUCUGCUGCUCAAGCCAAUGACUUCUUUGCUGAAACUACCACUACCACCCAUAAUCUCAAGCCUUAGAGAUCUAGUCUACUAUUUAUGUAUUUCGAGAAUUAUGUAUGAAUUAUCAUCGAACUUGAUACUUGAUCUACGAGUAUAAUGAAUGAAUAAGAUAAUUAAUCAUCUGGACA